AUUAUAAAUUCCACUUUUUGAAAACCUAAUUUAUUAGUUAGGGUAAACAUGGACCAAAAGACGGCAAACAUCGCCACCGAUGAGGAAAAUGCGGCGGAGAAACCGUUAAAACCAGCACUCCAGAAACCUCCAGGAUUCCGUGAUCAGCAGAACCCACCAGCAUCUGAAACGCCGUCCGGAACAGCGACGCUUCCACGCCGUCGGCCGAGGCCUAUGCAUCCGGCCUCACUCUACCCCGAGAAGAAACGUCGCUGGAGCCGCUGCCGCGUCUUCUGCUGCUGCUUCUGUAUAGUGGUCGCCGUGAUUCUUCUCCUCCUCCUCGUCGCCGGCGCUGUUUUUUUCCUUUGGUACAGCCCGAAACUCCCCGUCCUCCGCCUCGCCUCUUUCAGAACCAGCAACUUCAACUUUUCCAGCGGGAAAACAGACGACGGCUGGUCGUUUCUGACGGCGGACGCGACGACGAUGCUCGACUUCAGAAACCCUAACGGAAAGCUGGGGUUUUACUACGGAGAUGCUGACGUGGCUGUGAUCCUCGGAGAGAAAGACUUUGAGACUAAUUUGGGGUCAACCAAAGUCAAAGGCUUUGUUCAGAAGCCAGGGAAUCGGACGGCGGUGAUCAUCCGGACGAGAGUGAGGACACUGCAGGUGGAUGAUCCGACGGCGAAGAGGCUACGGGCUGAGCUGAAGAGUAAAACCUUGCUUGUGAAGGUAUCAGCUAAGACGAAAGUUGGAUUGGCUGUGGGCAGUCGCAGGAUUGUUAAUAUGGGCGUUAGUCUCAAAUGUGGUGGUGUUAGGUUACUAACGCUUGAUUCGCAAAUGGGCAAAUGCACCAUCACAAUUCUGAAAUGGAUUAAAUUGCGGUCAUGAGAGAACGGUGUGGUUGGGCUAAGCCUCAAAGAAGGACAUGUCAAAAACCAUGAGAGCAAUACGAGGGACAUCAAAUACUAUUUAUUCAGCAAUGUUUCUAUUUCUAGUUCAGUUUCAAUUCGUUACAAAUGUGUUAUACAUAUGCCUAUUGAUCAUUCAUUGUUAGUCGCCUGUGUUAUGUUUUUGGCAUUUAGAUUACCAAAUUGUCGGUUCUUUUGAUUGGUGAAAGUA